AUGGUAACGGCAACACUUCCUCAGGAACCCUGGUCGAUUGGCGGUGACAUCCCAUGGAGCUCCUUGAACGCGUCCGUCGGCGGUCGCCUCAUUUCGGGCGCGCCUCUUGCCCAACCUUGCGUUGAAGACGCUACAUCGGCGCUGUGUUCAGAGAUACAACAUGGAUAUCUGGAUGAAGUGUUUCGCUCAAACCGACCGGGCGCUUUCAUCAACGCCCAGUGGGAGAGUUGUCAGGCCACUGGCGAACAGUGCCUCCUCGACUAUACGAAUACGACUAGCACCAGGCCUAUAGGGGCGCCGAAUAAAUGUCAAAUGGGCAGUGUGUCAAAUUAUUAUCUUGAUGUGCAUUCCGCGAGGGACAUCUCAGUUGCUUUUGAAUUCUCGAAAACCCACAAAAUUCCACUUGUAGUAAAGAAUACUGGACACGAUUACAAGGGACGGAGUAGCGCGCCCAAUACUCUCGGAAUCUGGACACAUAAUCUCAAGCAUAUAUCGUAUAAUCAUCAGUUCGUUCCUGAAGGCUGUAAGCAUCCAGAGUCAGCACGUCCAGCAGUGACACUCGGGGCUGGUGUGCAAUGGUACGAGGCCUAUGCCUUCGCGGAAACUAAUAAUAUCACCAUCGUAGGAGGUACAGAUAGAUCUGUGGGGGCGUCCGGUGGUUGGCUGAUGGGCGGCGGUCACAGCAUGCUUUCAAAUACGAUGGGACUAGGCGUCGAUCGCGUGCUUCAGUUCAAGGUCGUCACCCCGGAUGGACGAUACAGAAUUGCCAACGCGUGUCAAAACCAGGACCUUUUCUACGCGCUCCGAGGAGGUGGCGGCGGGACUUUUGGUGUGGUACUCGAAAGCACGGUGUUGGCGUCGCCGCCGGUGAAACUAGAGACGAUCAUCGUAACGUUCGACCCGGCCGCUAAUUCCAGUCUCACCGGAGAACUAUGGACCAUCAUGGCCGAGAAUUCAGUGCGUUGGGCAGAGGAAGGCUGGGGUGGUAUCUCGAACAAGGGAGUUGCCAUUUACAUCAACCCGCGCCUCGACGCCCAAGCAGCUGCUCAGUCCAUGGCUCCGCUGAUCAAAUUUGGUCAGCGACUAGUCGCUCAAAAAGUUCCCGGUGCGAAGACGCUGGUGACGACCUUCCCAACUUGGUCGUCGUUCUUUACCACGUUUUCUAGCCAAUAUGUGGCGCGCGUCGGAAUACCACUAGCGCUGACUUCCCGGCUAAUAAAUAAAUCCAACUUCGAGACGCCGUCGAGCCAGAAAGAGCUGGUGUCGGCGCUUACGGCUGCAAACGAUGCUACAGGCUCGGUGAUAAUACUUAUUUCGGCGCCUUCGUCUCAUCCCGGCGAUGGCCACACCAGCGUAACCGAAGCAUGGAGAGAUAGUUUGUUCCACGUUACGCUGGUUUCAACGUGGAAUUGGGAUACCUCUAUGGAAGCAAAGAAAGGUCAUUAUUCACUGGCCAGCAACGCGAUUGACCAUCUGCGAAAAAUCACUCCUGACGCAGCAUAUGUGAACGAAGCUGACGUAUAUGAACCAAAUCAUGAAGUUGCUUUUUGGGGGACCAACUAUGACAGACUGUUGUCUAUAAAGCACAAGUAUGACCCAGAUAGACUGCUGGAGUGCUGGCAAUGUGUGGGUUGGACACCAUCAUCUCCUAUGUACAAAUGCUACUUGUAG